CUCUGCUUUCUCUUGCUUCAGUCUUGCGUGUACUACUAUAUAUUCACACACUCCCUCUUUCUGUAUUUUUUCAUUUAUUUUUUCAAACAGGGCAUGUCAACAACCUUAGUUAUACCGAGUGUGUGUUUGUGUGCGCUUGUUUGUGCAGAGCUAGCAGCUGAUUUCCGACUGAGUAUUUCAAUCAUCUUCCCCAGAACUAUUACUGUAUGCUGACAAGCCCGGAUGGCGGAGAGGGCAGUGCCACAAGAGAACACAGGGAUCCAACAGUCCAAUGGUCCAUACCCUGAAGCCACAGCUGAGAGCCUGGACCUUGAGGAUUCACAUCAACAGGGCGCGUGUGUGUAUGACCUGUGUCCAGGCCCCAGUUCAUCCUGUAUGACCACCAAAGAGCUGCAGCAGCACUGGGGCGCGGUGAAGCACAGACUGAAGCCGGUCAAGCUGUUGUUUGAGAUUCCUUCUGCACGCACCAUAGCGCAGCACUUGUCCAAAUACGUUGUGUACCAGAUCGUGUUGAUCCGGUCAGGCAGCUACGACUCCAAGCGCGUGUCUGUCGAGCGUCGCUAUAGCGACUUCGUCCACCUCCACCAGCAGCUCCUUGAAGACUUCAGCGAGGAGCUUGAGGAGGUCAUACUUCCCCGGAAACUCCUAACUGGAAAUUUUAACCCCGAGACCAUCUGGGAACGCCGCCUGGCUCUGCGGGACUACCUGGCCCAGCUCUAUGCAGUCCGUUGCGUCCGACAUUCCCACCACUUCCUGGAUUUCUUCACUGAGCCCGAGCAAAGACGAGCGCAUGGCCUUCUCCGAUCAGGGCAGUUUGGGCCAGCUGUCGCUCUACUAGAGACUGUCCUGGAGCUUCAGGAGAAGAUGGGAGGGUGGCAGAGUCCUGUUCUGCUGGUGCCUACGCUGUGUGCCCUCACAGUGUGCCAGAGAGACCUGGAAGAGCCGGAGUCUGCGUUCACCAUGGGCCAGAGGGCGCUGCCCACGUUCAUGCAAAGAGGCCUGGAUGCAGAUACAAAGAAGCAACUGGAAGAAGAGGAGAGGAGGAUCAUCAGUGAUGAGCAUUGGUAUCUGGACCUGCCAGAACUCAAAGCUAAAGAGAAUUUCAUAAUAGAAGAAAGAAGUUUUGGGCCUUGUGAAGACCUGAAGUAUGGACGAAUGUCGUUCAAGGGGUUCAAUACAGAAGUAGAGAAACUAAUGAUCAUCAUGAAUGCUCCAAAUGAGGAAGAGUUGGAAGAGGAGGAAAUUAGCAGAAUGGAGACUGAUAUCACAGAUGAAGACAUGGCUAGAAGGUACGAGAGCUUAGUGGGAAGCAUGAAGAAGAAGUUUGCUAAGAAGCGGGAGAGGUCUGCAAUUGAGGAUGUUAAUCAAAACGCAACUGAGACACACAAAAAAAUAGCUUUUUUGAAGCCUCAGGACUGAGGGCAUGCUUUUUUUUAUUUAAAUGAAGUAUGUCAGGACUGUACAAUGUUUUUAUGUGCAACAAUUUUUAUUUUAUUUUUACUGCUGUUUUUUCAUGAACCGUAGGUAACUUCCAAAGAUGUUAGACAUAUAUUUUAAAGUUGAAUGGAUGUUAUAUAUCCUCUUUUUAAAAGUACAUUUCUUCAAGAUGCAUUGAGGUUUAUGAACACAGGAAAUGAAGCCCACAUCCUUGUACCAUGGACCAGGGUAUAGUUUAAUUAAAACUGUUACCCAAUGUG